GCCCCCACCCCACCCCCAUCCCUCUAAAUUUCUUCUGUAGAUGAACAGUUGUAGACCAUUUUUCUUUCCUUCUAAAAACUAUAUGGUUCUUGAGGUGAUUGAGUAAUCAUGUGAAAAAAGACUGUGUCUUUUGAUUACUUCUGGUUUUGGGUGUUGUGUGUGAUUUGGUUCUUGUUUUUAGGCUGUUGUGGGUUGGAAUUGGAGCUCAAGUUUUAGUCUUAUUAUUGUUUCACCUCUGUUUCUUGGGGUUUGGGUUUUGUGUUUGAUGGGUGCAGAGGUAGAGGAGAUGGUGAUAAAAAAGGAGAAAAAUGGAGUACCCAAGAAAGAGAAAAAGCUGCACAGUAUUCUUACAUGCAUACAAAACUGUGCCUCUUGGGAUUGUUUGUGUCAUGGGAGUUUGUUUGGCUGCCAUUUCUUCUUGUGACUGCAACUGAAAAGACUUAGACACAGUUCACACACUCACACACCAUUAUAUCAAUAUCAUAUCCAUAUCCCUCUUUGAGCUCUCGCUCUCUCUCUCUCUCUCUCUCUUUCUCUCACUCUCUCUCAAGAACAAGAAUUUGCUUAACUAUAACUUUCUCAAGUUGGGUGGUUUUCUAAAGAGAUCUAAAGAGAUCUGAUAUAGACUACUACUGUGUGAUUAGCUAAGUCAUACAAAGAAUGAAGAGACUCAGCAGUUCUGAUUCCUUGGGUGCUCUCAUGUCCAUCUGUCCCAACUCUACAGAUGAGCAUAACAAUCCCAUGUACACGAGGGAGUUUCAGACAAUGAUGGAGGGGUUGGAUGAGGAAGGAUGCGUAGAGGAAUCAGGCCAUGUUUCAGACAAGAAAAGGAGAUUGAGCGUUGAUCAAGUUAAGGCCUUGGAGAAGAAUUUUGAGGUUGAGAAUAAGCUUGAACCUGAGAGGAAAGUUAAGCUAGCUCAAGAACUUGGCCUGCAGCCUAGACAGGUGGCUGUUUGGUUCCAAAACCGCCGUGCACGGUGGAAGACAAAGCAAUUGGAGAGGGAUUAUGGGGUUCUCAAAGCCAAUUAUGAUGGCCUUAAACUCAACUUUGAAAAACUCCAACAUGACAAUGAAGCUUUACUCAAAGAGAUUGGAGAGCUGAAAUCAAAGCUGAAUCAAGAUGGAAACAGUGAGAGCAAGGUGUCUGAUGCUGAAGUGAAAAGCAAACAUGAAACUCAACUCAAGGAAAAUGGCACUGAGAUCAGCUUUGAGACCUUGAAUGGGGACAGCAAUGGAGGAAUUCCGACAAGGGGUGUCUCUGUUUUUGGUGAUUUCAAAGAUGGAUCUUCUGACAGUGAUUCAAGUGCAAUCUUGAAUGAGGAUAACAACAACAGCCCACAUCAGUUCUUGGACAUCCAAAACGGAUCAAAUUCCAUAAGUUUCCAGUUCUGUUCAGAGUCUAAACCAGGUGAAACAACAACAGCAAUAGCUGGUUUAGGAGAAGCCCACAAGAACUACCACACACAGUUUGUGAAGAUUGAAGAGCACAACUUCUUUGGUGAAGAAUCAUGCACUAGUUUCUUUACAGAUGAUCAAGCUCCCACACUUCCUUGGUACUGCUCUGAUGACUGGAACUGAUGAAAAGAUCAAAUCUUUACCAAAAACCUAUGUGUAAUAAGGCAGAAAAAAAGCAAGAAAGAUCAAUCAAACUUGAACCACGACAGCCAUUGCCACCCCCCACCUCAAAAAAGGACAAUUUUGUAUAGUAACUUGAAUUCUCUUGGACUUGUGAUAGUCCAUACAUGUAAGAAAUCAAGGUUCCAUCUCUCUCUCUCUGUCUCUCUCUCUCUCCCUCUCAAGAAAGAGAAUGGGAGAGAGAUGUGGGGGGGCCAGGGGUUGAUGUUCAGAAUUCAGAAUUCACGUGGGGUUGUGGGGAAGCUGAGGAAGAUGGAGAAGCGUGUGGAGAAGGGGAAAAAAAGGCUGUUGUAGGAAUAAUUAGUUUGGUAGUAAAUUUGUUCAAACUAUGUGAGGUGAUGAUCUCUGCUCUUUUUUCUUUCCUUUUCUUGUUUAACUGUUGAGCUUCAGACAAGAAAGAGUUCCAUUUGAGGAAAAAUCCCUGUAAUGGUGGAGACUUGGAACUGGUAAAACAAUUUGCUCAAAUGUACAUUCAUGGAGAUAAUUCUCUCUCUCUUU